GGACUGUUCACCCGACCAGAUAGAGCGAACAGACCAAGCUCGGGCGCGGGGACACGCAAGACCCAACACAUGCCCGUGCUGCCGAGGCUCGCCGCACCGCCGGCCCCGUCCGUGCGCCGCGCGCCGCCGAGCUUGCCGCCUCCUCGUCCCCCACCCCCACCACCCGGCUACUGCUCCUCCUCCUGGAACAUUCGGAGGCCCUCGCCGCGGGGACCCUUGGCCACCGCUGCCGAAGCCCCCCGCGGGGGCGCGCUCCCGGAGCCGGAGGAGCGCGACCCGUUCUUCCUCGCCGCCCUCCACGCUGCCCGCCUCCGCGACCAAGAGUCCCGCCGGCCAGAUCCUCUUUUCAUUGAUCCAUAUGCUGCCGUUCUUCUUUCAUAUGAUGUUGGACAUCAAGAUAUGGAUCUAGUUUCACAGGCAGUGCCUUGUCCAGACUAUUAUAGGCUAGCAACCAGAUAUAUUGAUGACAAACUACAGAACUUGAUACACAGUUCAGAAAAUAUUAGACAGAUUGUUCUGCUGACAGAUGGAAUGGACACUCGUCCAUACAGGCUGACCUGGCCAAGGUUGUCUGUUGUGUACAAUGUGUCACCUGGAGGAGUCUUCAAUGCAGCAACUCAGCAGCUCAGAGGAACUGGAGCAAAAGUAUCACGAAAUUGUGUCUUGCUUCAUACUCCUUUUGAAUCUCCUGAUUUACAAGACAGCUUGUGCAAAAAUGGCUUCAACGGGAAUAGGCUCAGCUUGUGGGUAUUGCAGGGUUUACCUCUUUUCACACCCACGAGCUUGGAAAACCUUUUGCUUGUCAUAAGCAAUUUAGCUAUGAAAGGAAGUAUCUUCAUAGGAGAAGUACCCCAUUUUUCAGAUUGGACGGCACCAAUGGACAUGGGCUCAGAGCAGGAUAAGCUGGAAAACCUUUUCUUUACCCGGGGCUUUCAAGUCAGCUUUGAGCAUUAUGAGAAUAUUGCAAAGGGUGUAGGCUUGAAUCUAGCUCCUCCGGGGGAACAACGUGGCAGAGUGCUUUUUGUUGCAGAACAGCUGCGGUUUUCAGAUGCACAGAUGGAGAGCUUCCGGAUGCAUUUUGAAAGAAUGGAGGAGGAUGCCGAUGAAGAAGGAUUUGAGGAGCUAUAGUUCAUUAUAUGAUGUUUGAUGCUAUUGAGGCUUGAUAGUGGUUUUGCCUUGUGGGGAAACUUUGCCAUGGACUAGAGGAGAGCUGGUAAAAGCAAGAUCACGCUCACUGAUUCGUGCCAAGUUUCUGUUUGGUGUGGAAGAAUCAUCAGUUUUUCAGACACAAAUCGAUCUUUUGGCCAGCAUUUCAAAUGUAACAAGUUGUACUCGGCAAAAUACCACGUCAUUCGAAGUUCGAGCUGUAAACUGCAAUUAUUUUUGAAAACUUAUUUUUUUUCGCAAGUAUGUAUACAAUUAUUUUUGAAAACUUUUUUUUUUUCGCAAGUAUGUAUCUUUAGAGCAAUGUGAAAGAUUGAACA